AACGGAGUGGACCUGAACUUCGCCGCUAACCUCAAGUAUGGCGGCAAUCGGACGGCCAGUAUAUUCGCCAACAGUUUGCUUCUCCUACCCAAUGAAGCAUUCAUUGUCGGCACUAACGGCACGAUCAGAAUUAUGGCAAACUUCAAGUCGUCGGAGAAGGUGUACGUGAAUGGUGUGGCCCACGACUUCCCGUUCCCGAAGACCACGGAGUUCCUCAACUACGGCGACAGUCUGGCGCUGGGCUACGAGGCCGAGGAGGUCCGCAAGUGUCUCAAUGAGGGGAAGAUAGAGUCGGAUAAGAUGUCACACAAAGACUCCAUAGUUAUGGCCAAAAUCGAGGACGAGAUCCGGCGACAGGUGGGCGUCGUGUUUGACGUCGACUAACGGGACGACCCUUCAGUCAAAUCAUUAUUAAAAUUAUUUUUUGUCGGAAAGUUUUUGUGACUUUUUGCAUACAUUUGUAUUACUAUUUAUUUUUCUAAACAUUUUUAUAUACAUAGCUUUUGAAUGAUUAUUAUUGAAGCG